CCCCUCCUUCCUACCUACCUGUCCCGCCCAGGUGAGUUGUCACCAGGUAGAAAGGGGGCGGAGCCAUACCUGGCCAAGAAGGAAAGGGAAGCAGGAAAGAAAGAAAGAAAGAAAGAAAGAAAGAAAGAAAGAAAGAAAGAAAGAAUUCCAUAAAGCCGGAGCCAUAGAUCCCUUCGCACAGGAGUGCCCGGAUGGCACCUGACGAUGGCACCGAAUGGCUUCUCCAGCUCUUAACCGAGAUCCAAUUGGAGCAGUUCUAUAGCAGGAUACGAGAUGAACUACACGUCACUCGGCCGGGACAUUUCGACUAUGUCAAGCCCUCCGACCUAGAGCGCAUUGGCAUGGGGCGGCCAGGACAGAGACGGUUGGAGGAUGCCUUAAAGCGCAGGAGGCCCCAAGGCCAGCGCCCCAUGUCCUGGGUCUAUAAGAUGUUCACCGGAGGACGGAGUCCGGAGCAGGAAGACACCCCGAACCCCACUCCGCCAGCGGCGGGUCCGGUGCCCAGAGUGGAUGCCGAGGCCUCUUUGAAAUGCUUGAUCAGUGAGUGGGACCUGCGGUUGCGUGAACGUCUGGGCGAUGGAUGCUUCGGGGUCGUGCACCGGGCCGAAUGGACCGCCCCGGGAGGAGGCAUCAUCCCGGUUGCUGUGAAAACGCUCCGCUCCGACGUCUCCGCCGAUCCGGGGGCCCUGAUCGACUUCCUCAACGAAGUCAACGCCAUGUGCUGCCUGCACCACCCCAACCUCAUCCGCCUCCAUGGGGUGGUCCUCACCCAGCCCCUCAAAAUGGUGACGGAGCUGGCCCCGCUGGGCUCGCUCUACGACCGCCUCCGCCCACCCUUCCCGCUCCACCGGCUCUGGAGCUACUCCUCGCAGGUGGCCAAGGGCAUGGCCUACCUGGAAGCCAAGCUCUUUGUCCACCGCGACCUGGCCGCACGGAACAUCCUCCUGGCCUCCGAAGAGCAGGCCAAGAUCGGGGACUUUGGCCUCAUGCGGCCGCUGUCCAGCAAGAGCGACCGAUACAUCAUGUCCGCGCACCGGCGCAUCCCCUUCGCCUGGUGUGCCCCGGAGAGCCUGCGCAUGGGCGUCUUCACCAGCGCCUCGGACGUCUGGAUGUUCGGCAUCACUCUUUGGGAGAUGUUUUCGUACUGCGAGGAGCCCUGGAUGGGACUCUCGGGAAGACAGAUCAUGCAGAAGAUUGACAGGGAAGGAGGGCGCCUGGAACGUCCGGCCGAUUGUCCGAGGGCGAUUUACGCCUUGGCCCUAAAAUGCUGGGCCCACAACCCGGAGGAGAGACCCCAAUUUCGGGAAAUCGUCAGCCUUCUGCAGGAGCUCCGUCCAAAGGAAGUCAAGGCUUUGCAGGACUUGAAUGAGCCCGGCUGGCUACGGCUGGAGGCCAACGAUGCCAUCACGGUUAUCGAAGGCAGCCCUGAUGCGUCCACGUGGAGAGGGCAGAACAAGCGGAGCCUGAAAGUGGGCAUCUUCCCAUCAUCCAUUGUGGCCACGGCGGAGGAAAUAGCACCCCCUGGUGGGGCUCUCCGGAUCAGCCUCCCCAUCCGGAGUUCCUUCGUCCACUUUGGCCACGGGGACGUGGACCCCGAGAGGGCAUGGGGCUCCCCCGAACGCAUGGAGGAGAAAAAAGGAAAGCCACGAUCGGGGAACGCCAGCCCACAAAACCCAACCAAAGGCCAGCAGUUGCUACAGUUGGCACGCCUCUCCAAAAGCCUGGAGUCCAUUUCGGAUUUCAGCAUCCUUCGCGCCAAGCCCAAGUUCCCUCCCUGCAAGGCGGACCGGCCCGCUGCCCAGGCCCAGCGGCGUUUCAGCGACCUGCCGGCCCCAUUGCCACCGCCACCGCAGCCCCCGGAGCCCCAUCGCCUGCCCAAGCUGCCCCCCCGCGUCCCCAACCCGGCCCUGCCCGCCUGGGCGCUCCCCAAAUCCGAGGGUCCGGGAACCCGGGAGAAAGAGGCGGCCAGGACACAAAGGCCGCCGGCGGUCAAAGGGGUGCUGGCGUUGCCCCCGGCUCCUUCCAACGGGCAGAGGCCCACCCUGGGAGACAUCGAGAAGAAGGUCAAGGAGGUGGAAGAGCGGGUGCACGGGUCCACAACGGAGGAGUGCCGCGAGGCCUUGAGGCUGCAUGGCUGGGACAUGCAGAAGGCAGCCCAGAUGCUCAAGGUGGACCAGCUCUUCCACCUGAGCUCCUUCUCACGCGAAGAGUGUCGGCGGAUACUCGAAAAGCACCGCUGGAACCUGGCCAUGGCCUCCCGAUACGUCCUCAGCCGCGGCCUCCGAGCGUAACCCUCCGGAAAGAGGCCCAAAUGGUGCCGAACGCCCAAGUCUUCCAACAAGAAGAAGAAGAGAGGGCCAACUUGGGUCCUCCUUCUGGGUCUUUUGGACUGCAACUCCCAUC